UGUUAAGUAGUGCUUUUGGAUCGUGCGUUGGCGCCUACAAGUAUUUACCACACAGCUCACUCUCAGAGCAUGAUGCUGGUGUAAAGGGGAUCUCAUUCAUUAUUGGCAUUUUCCGGCGCAGAAACCCUUCUGCGGCCACCCAAAUGCCGUUUCUUUCACUAGACUACAGACACCUUUUGAUACAAGAAUUCGUGAAGAUUGCCACCAUGUCGUAACUCGUUAAAGGGGCUGCGCGGGUCAAAACAAUCUUUUCCCCGUGCCCAUCCCAGCAAUUUGUGUGUUUGUUCAUGUUUUCGCGAUCCCGUCCAGAUCCACGCUCUUCAAGCCCAAACCAACAGCUCCAUCACUACUCUUGAUCGAGGCCGAAGUAAACGACGCUGCACUACUCGUGCCGGUACGAGGAGAGGGAAGCGGGGGAGUGGGAAACGCCGACAAGUCCAACGGAUAUUGCUUCCUGGGUGUCGUCGAUGUCGGUGCCGAUGCCAACGGUAAAGGUGCAGGUGCCUCGGCUCUCGUCGAACUCUUUCCAAAACCCUUGAGCGCCUGCCCAAUACUUUCACUUCGUCUGCGCAAGACGGAGAAUGAUGAUUUUUUUCGCGGACCCAUGUGCGGAAUGGCCGUGAGAGGAUCAGGAGGGCUGUCAUCGGCAGGGGGGGUGGGUAGCGCCGUCAUGUUGACCUGGCUCGCAGUGCUCGACGUGCUCGUGGUGGUCGUGGAUCGUUGCAGGUGGGCCAGAUUGUUGGCGAUAGUGGAUGCCAUGGGGUCGUCUCCUUCAAGGAUCUGGUCCGCCGCUGGCUGGCAUGCAGUCGAGGGACGACUGAUGUUCACGGAAGAACGGGAAGAUGAGCGACUUCCAGUCAGUGUCGUUGGCGUUUUGAUCAGGGUUUUGAUGCUGCUCAUUCGCGCGUGGCUCAGUGCAAUGGAGAGCCGUGGCAAACUGGACUUGCGGUCGCCCUUGGACCUCGAACUUCUGCUAGGCAGAGGCAGAACCAGAGAUUCCUGGCUUGCAUUGGCACUUGCAUUGGCAAUGACCUCGCACGCACUGGCAGGCAAAUCGGGCACCUCCAAAAGUGUGGCUUCCGCAGCAGGAAACCCCGAGUGGCUGCUACUGAUCGAUCGACGUUUGGCCGGUCGUUCAGGUUGUUGUGAAGUUGAUUGUGAUAGCGGACUUGGAAGCGGCGAUGUUAUCCUCUUGUGAUGUUGGGACGUACAGGCUAUAGAUAUAAGGGAAGGUCGGGAUUUGGGAAGAGAAAAAGCCACGGGGGUGGCAACCUCGACCGGCGAGAGCGUCUCCUCGGUUUCGGAGUCGGAACUGAGGAGUUCUGAUAUGGGCGAGUCCAGGAAAACCGAAUACCGAUCGUAUCUGAAAUCUGACAAGGUCGCCAGUGACGCCUGUAGCACUGGUGCCGGCGACGGCGGAGGGAUGGUCACAAAACUGUAGUUCGGCGCCGUUGGAACCCGAUCGUCGCCCCCUUCUAACAUCUCUGUCGGCUUCACAUUUGCACCGUAAGCAGAGCAUUGGCCAAAAGCGGCUCGAUUCAAGAAUGUGUCGUCGGGCGUCGACACGCUGCACUCCGAAGGCGUUUCGAUAGAAGACCUCCGUUCACAUUGUCUCGUGCCAGAAUCCAUCUCGUCUCGAGAACUGGCGCCGAAGUCGUCCAACUCCUCUUCCACCGGAUCAUAUAUCAUCAUCAUUCUCUUACGUUCUCGCAUUUUCUCUCUUUCCAAAGCAUUCUGCUGCUGUCGUUCUUGAAACUUCCGUCUCCGAACAGAUGCAGAGCUCAAUUCUCGAGAUUUCAACACUUGAUCCAUGGCGCCGGGGCCAGAGAAGGUGGGAGUUGAUUUAUGGAGGUCGGAGGAAAAUGUGGACAUGGCGGAAGAAGAGGCCAUGUGCUGCCGCAUUAGCAGGAACUCUGAAGUGAGCCAAGAGGCUUCUUUAGGAGGGGCGCUGGAGGCAGCUGUCAUCUGGAACUCUGACGGUAGCAGUGACCGUCAGAUGGGACAAAGGCUGCAAGAGAGUCCAAGAACAACAGGGGACAGGCCAGUCAAAGCAACCAGGAUACAGGUCAGUGACGAUCCAGUCUAUGGGUGACCCAACGUGCUCGAACGGCAGGACCAGACUGGGUUGAGGAGCAGGGAUGCAAGCCACUUGAGGACCACAACUGCUGUAAAUGUCGGCGGUGUGCGUUGCACCACCGCACCAAUCUUGCAGGCGAAAAUGGUGGGAUGGAGAUCAAUCGCCUAUUCCUUGUAAAAUUGCACACUGCUAGACAGAAAGCCGGACAUUUCUCUACUUCCACCUUGAUGAUGAUCGAGCGUCAAACGGGGUGAGGACACUAAUUGCAGCACCGAUGGAAUGAGUGGAGUCGGCAGCAACCAUUGGCCCAAACCAGCGUUUCAUCACGGACGGGCCACAUUAAAGUUGACACAAAGAC